CAGCGGGCUUCCGUACCGCUCCGUCUACCGCUGUCAAAUAAGGGACACAGCCGCCAGCUAGCGCUAUGUUAUCGCGAUCCAGAUGUGUUUACCGGACGUUUGGCCGAUCUCUGUCAGCGGUGCACCAGGCCAAUAAUGUGCUCGUCCGACAAAGUGCAUCAGGUCUGUCCGUCUGCAGCCGGCUAGUUUACAGGAAUUCUCAGCCAUGUGAAUUUCCAUCAUCAGCUAAUGUCUUCCACAUCAGAUACUUCAAGACAUCUGCUGUUCACAGGGAUGAGGUAGUCACAGUCAAAACUCCUGCAUUUGCAGAAUCUGUUACAGAGGGGGAUGUGAGGUGGGAGAAAGCUGUGGGCGACUCGGUGAAAGAAGACGAGGUGGUGUGUGAAAUUGAGACUGACAAGACCUCAGUACAAGUCCCCUCUCCAGCAGCUGGUGUCAUUGAGGAACUGCUGGUGCCUGAUGGAGGGAAGGUUGAAGGAGGGACGCCCCUCUUCAAACUCCGGAAAGGAGCCGCUGCUGCCGCCAAAGCAGCCCCUCCCCCAGCUGCAGAGGCACCAGCUGCAGCCCCUCCACCGCCACCACCUCCACCUCCAGCUUCAGCCCCCACUGCCAUGCCUCCAAUGCCACCACCAGCUGCCCAACCAAAACCUGUUUCUCCUGUGAAGCCCACUGCUCCAGCACCAGCUCCUUUAACAGUAGGAGCCAGAGGAGAAAACAGGGUGAAGAUGAACCGUAUGAGGCUGAGGAUCGCCCAGAGGCUAAAGGAGGCUCAGAACACCUGCGCCAUGUUGACCACCUUCAACGAGGUGGACAUGAGCAACAUUCAGGAGAUGAGGACAGUCCAUAAGGAUGCUUUCUUGAAGAAACACAGCGUCAAACUGGGUUUUAUGUCUGCGUUUGUGAAGGCUGCAGCAUACGCUCUGACUGACCAACCUGCUGUCAAUGCCGUUAUUGAUGAUACAACCAAAGAGAUUGUCUACAGGGAGUACGUAGACAUCAGUGUUGCUGUGGCAACUCCAAAGGGGCUUGUUGUCCCAGUGAUCCGUAAUGUUGAGACCAUGAACUUCACUGACAUCGAGAAAGCCAUUAAUGCAUUGGGAGAAAAGGCUCGUAAAAACGAGCUUGCUGUUGAAGAUAUGGAUGGAGGCACCUUCACCAUCAGCAACGGAGGCGUGUUUGGAUCAAUGUUUGGAACGCCCAUCAUCAACCCCCCACAAUCUGCCAUCCUGGGCAUGCAUGGCAUCUUUGAGCGACCUGUGGCCAUCAAUGGCAAGGUCGAGAUCCGGCCCAUGAUGUACGUGGCGCUGACGUACGACCACCGACUCGUUGACGGCAGAGAAGCGGUGACUUUCUUACGCAAGAUCAAAGCGGUGGUGGAAGAUCCAAGAGUGUUGCUUCUGGACAUGUGAUGUUUCUCCCACCACAUUACUCUCAUUUAAAGAUAGCUCAGCUGCAUAAAGUUCCACGUCACAAAAGAAACGCACAAAUUGUACAAAAUCACCUACACCGCUUCUGUUGUCUCUUUAACUGUUCAGUCAGACUGCAGCAGGACAUUUAAGUCUUGUUCCAACACUCCAUAUGGAGCUUUUAAUACGUGGUAUUAUCUGUAGAGUAACUUGAAGUAUCUGAAAACACGGGCCUUGGAUAAAUCAACCAAGCUAAAAGAUUGCCAUCUUCUAUCAGUAAUUGUUUUUGCUACAUUUGAAUAUAAUAGUCACAUUUACAUUACAUGUCUUAAACAUUCGCAUAUACAGGCUUAAAAUGUUAAAGAUAACUCACUUAUGGGUGUGUUGCUGUUAUACACAUGUGCUCCUCAGCUGAAGCAGCAACAUAGCAACAUAUGAAGCAGCAGACAAAUACUUGCUACAUCCUUGGCAUAGUUGUGUAAUCAUGAAACAAAAUGACUUCUCCAGGCAACAGUUGGCUGCAUGACUUUCUCCCUUGCUUGUUAGUUGGUGCUCCUGGGCCACUUUUCCCACAGCGGGGCCAAGCAGAGCUGACUCAGAUUAGUUCAAGAUGUUUUUAAUGUUAACACAGGAUUGAAAGAAUUCCUCGGUUUGCUGCUAGUCAUUGUUGCCAUCAACAGUCUGGGAAAAGUAAUCAGCGACCUGUCUGACGAGCAUGUGUUCGGAUCACUUAUGUCCCUGCUUGACAUCGUCAUCCGUGUCCUGUCUUUUUAUUUUAAUUUGUGUUAAACCUUGCCUUGCUGUUGUUGGGCAGAUUCUUUGGCCAUCAAAAUCUAAAAAUGUUGAUCAAACUGUUGUGAGCUUUUAGUAAAACUGACACAUGAAUUCACUGUUCAUUAUCAGAAACUGUACAAAACAAACCAGACACUGUUUGUUUUUUAAUAUACAUAUAUAAAUAUAUAUAUACACACACAUACAUACAGUAUACAUACAGUAUACAUACAGUAUAUAUAUAUAUAUUGUUUAUGGGCGAUAUGUUGGGAGUAAUGUUCAAAACGCACAAUUUGGCAGCAGGUUUUUAUGUUGAGCUCCAAUGUUGGAUUUUCAUUGUACUAUCCUAUAUAUAAAAUACUUGUAUCUAUUUAAAGAAACAAUUUUAAACAUUAAACAUCUCAAGAGUUUUAUGUA